CUGCUGAUCCAGAUGCUGCUGAUCCUGAUGCUGCUGAUCCUGAUGCUGCUGAUCCUGAUGCUGAUGAUCCUGAACCGUUUCCGCUUGAUGCAGCUCCAGAUGCUGAUGAUCCUGAACCGUUUCCGCUUGAUGCAGCUCCUGAUGCUGAUGAUCCUGAACCGUUUCCGCUUGAUGCUGCUCCUGAUGCUGAUGAUCCUGAUGCUGCUGAUCCUGAUGCUGCUGAUCCUGAUGCUGAUGAUCCUGAACCGUUUCCGCUUGAUGCAGCUCCAGAUGCUGAUGAUCCUGAACCGUUUCCGCUUGAUGCAGCUCCUGAUGCUGAUGAUCCUGAACCGUUUCCGCUUGAUGCUGCUCCUGAUGCUGAUGAUCCAGAUGCUGCUGAUCCUGAUGCUGCUGAUCCUGAUGCUGCUGAUCCUGAUGAGCCUGAUCCUGAUGCUGCUGCUCCUGAUGCUGAUGAUCCAGAUGCUGCAGAUCCUGAUCCUGAUGCCGCUGAUCCUGAACCGUUUCCGCUUGAUGCAGCUCCUGAUGCUGAUGAUCCUGAACCAUUUCCGCUUGAUGCAGCUCCUGAUGCUGAUGAUCCGUUUCUGCUUGAUGCUGCUCCUGAUGCUGAUGAUCCGCGUCCGCUUGAUGCUGCUCCUGAUGCUGAUGAUCCUGAUGCUGCUGAUCCUGAUCCGUUUCCGCUUGAUGCUGCUCCUGAUGAUGAGCUUCCACUGCCUGAUGCUGCUGAUCCAGAUGCUGCUGAUCCUGAACCGUUUCCGCUUGAUGCAGCUCCUGAUGCUGAUGAUCCUGAUGCUGCUGAUCCUGAUGCGGCUCCUGAUGCUGAUGAUCCUGAACCGUUUCCGCUUGAUGCAGCUCCUGAUGCUGAUGAUCCUGAUGCAGCUCCUGAUGCUGCUGAUCCUGAACCGUUUCCGCUUGAUGCAGCUCCUGAUGCUGAUGAUCCAGAUGCUGCAGAUCCUGAUGAAGCAGAUCCAGCUGAUGAUGAGCCGCUUCCGCUUGAUGCUGCUCCUGAUGAUGAGCUUCCACUGCCUGAUGCUGCUGAUCCGGCUGCUGAGCCGUUUCCGCCUGAUGAUGAGGCUCCUGCUGCACUGCUUCCACCAGAUCCUGCUGCUGCGGAACCGUUGCUUCCACCUACACCUCCGGAGGCGGCUGAUGCUCCAGAAGAUCCUGAACCAGAUGAACCACCAGAGCUGGAGGAUCCCGAAGCAGCUGUAGACCCAGACGUGGCAGAUCCAGACCCUCCAGUAGCACCGGCCGAUCCACCGGCAGAAGUCGAACCGGCGGUCGCUGAGCCUGAUGCAGAACCGUAUCCAGCCGCCUCAUUCUCGAAGGCUGCCUGGUCUGUGUCAUCGUUGAGACUCUCGCUCAUGGUAUUGCUCUGGUUGGCUGAGGAACUGCUGUUGACAGUGCUAGAUGAAGAA